UACUAUCCAAUACGCUUUUUUUAAAACGCUUUCCCAUAUUUGCGUUUGUACAUGAAAGCAACACGUGUGACGGUUUGAAGGGAACUCCCCGCUUCUGUAGUCACAAUCCGCCUGCCCAUGAGACUCCGGGACUUAAAGCGAAGGGAGUAUUACAACAUUGCGGUUUCAAGAAUAAUUCUGAAAGCUCGUCAACAUCUCGUCGACAAGGACGGCCGCGUGCUGAGGAAGCUGAUGAAGUGAGGAAGGCCUCUCAGAUCACCUAACUGUGAGAGAGACGCUGCUGCUCCUCUUAUUCUUCUUCACAUCGAGGAGUCUGGGCUCUUUCUCCAUGCAAGACGACACGCCAUGUGCCAAAAGUGGAGACCUCUCACCGCUGCCCCAUAGACAGUCGCUCCUCCCGUGAACUUUGCCCUUUAGUCGGAGGCUGCUCCUCAUCCUCUGCACCGCCAACCGGCCAAGAUGAAGAAAGUGGCGGCAUGGUCGACUGAGGAUGUUUCUAACUGGCUGGGCAAAGAGGGGAUGCCAGAGUACAUAGAUGUUCUCCAUCAGGCAGACGGUCCGGCUCUGCUCGGGCUCACCGAGGCACAUUUCCAGAAGCCCCCCCUCUCGCUGGUCUCGUCUGAUGGUGGUCAGCAGCUGCUGGAGCGUCUGGAGACGCUACGAAUUGAGAACCACAUCGAGGCUCACAAAAACGGUCACACAAACGGACACAUUGGUGGGAUACCCAAUGGAACGAGUAAGCCUCAGAGGAAUGGCAUGUUGGGGAGGAAGGAAUUCAAGAUGGAGAGGAUUCAUAUUCCUAUGCCAACUAUUGAAGCCGUGCGUUCCCCAUUCCCUACAGAGUGGUGGAAAACGGGCAUAGCAUUCACCUACGCAGUGGUCUGCUUUGUCACCACCACUGUUAUCAUUUCAGUGGUCCACGAAAGAGUUCCACCAAAGGAGCACACCCCACCUCUGCCCGAUAAGUUCUUUGACCUGUUUGACAGGGUGGAGUGGGCCUUCUCCAUCUGUGAGAUCAACGGCCUGCUGCUGGUGGGACUCUGGUUGGUCCAGUGGAUUUUACUCAAGCACAGGUCAAUUAUUGGGAGAAGGUUCUUUUUCAUUGUCGGAACUUUGUAUCUCUACCGCUGUAUUACAAUGUACAUUACUACUCUUCCUGUGCCUGGGAUGCACUUUAAAUGCUCUCCAAAGCUUCUCGGAAACUGGGAGGCACAGAUGAGGAGAAUAAUGAAAAUGAUCGCUGGUGGAGGCUUAUCUAUCACAGGAUCCCACACCAUGUGUGGAGAUUAUCUGUAUAGUGGCCACACUGUCAUGUUAACACUCACAUACCUCUUCAUCAAAGAGUAUUCUCCAAAGCGCUUCUGGUGGUACCACUGGAUCUGCUGGAGCUUGAGUGCGGUUGGGAUUUUCUGUAUCCUUCUGGCCCAUGAUCACUACACCGUGGACGUGGUUGUGGCGUACUUUAUCACAACUCGUCUGUUUUGGUGGUACCACACUAUGGCAAACCAGCAGUCGCUAAAAGAGACGUCUCAGAGCAACCCAUUCUCCCGAGUGUGGUGGUACAGACUGUUUCAGUACUUUGAGGAGAACGUGAACGGCACAGUCCCUCGAAACUAUCAGCUGCCGGUUUCGUGGCGAGCUCUGCAGUGGCACCGUGCGGUGAAGUACAGCCGACUGGACAUCCAGUGACCCGCGUCAGCUCGGCGCACGCGAGGACUACCACUUAAACAAGUGCUUUUUAUUCUCUGAAUAUGGCACUGUAUGAUGUAGCGCUGUUCCUUCACCUCUGCUAACAGACACAUGUCCAAAUGGGGAGCACUGUGACCCAUCCAGAUUUUUUCCUUUUUUUCAUCCUUCGCCUCUUCUGGUAAUAUUUAUCAACACAGAGCACUAAUUUAUUUCUCUUCCUUCCUCAGAGGUCACAUGCAUUUUUUUCUUUAGAAACAAGUCUGUAAAUCUUUUCAACACGCUUCUAAGCUUGAAGUUCGUGGUCAAAAGGCUUAACUCUUUUAGUACAGAAGUAUUAUUCAUGUUUUUUUUAGUGCAAUUGGGGUCAAUCAGAUGCUUAUUCCAGAACCAAAAUGCCAUAAUUAUUUCUUUUGCUUUUUUUUUUAAUAGCAACUUCAUUUUUGUAAUUGUUCUUGCUAAAAUGAGUGAAAGGUGCAAAAAAAUAAUAAUAUUUUUUCUAAAUAUUUGAAACUUUAUUUUUCAAAAAGCAAAUGAUGUCAGACAGAAGAUUUUUAGAUUUUUAUCUUUUUCAAGAUGGAUAAUUGAAAGCAUAAGAAAAUAAUGUGGUGUAACAUUAUUCCAGUGCCUUUCUUAGCUUGAUUGUAAGUACUACAUGUCUCGUGUGUCUCUGCUGCGGUACGACCUCGUGCUGCGACACGGUCACGGUCUCACUCCAGUGAAUGUACAAAACGACUACGCCAGCCUUACCAGAUGAUCGGUCUUCCCCAAACAGAGGUGCAGUGAGUGAAUUGGUCUGUUUGUUAACGGAUGCUUUACGAUUGUUUCCGCUUACUCGGUUAAUGCUGUCCUAACAGAAAGGAAUGACUGUUAACUGUACUUUUUUAAGUCUUUCGUUUUUACCUGUCAAUCAUUAACCCACACCAGCCGCCUUUGUAACCACAUCACUGAGGCGCUUUCGGGUUGAUACCUUAAGCAAGCAUAGUUUUCUGAAAGUGGUGCUGCAUAAUUGGAGGCGGAUAAGAAACACUUCAGCAUUGCUUUGGGCUUUUAUAAGCCCUUCUUUUACUCCCAUCAUGAAUUCUCUUUUUAAAGUUCCAUAUGAAGCUCAUUAGUGUCUCUUUUUGUCAGGUUUUUGGUGAUGAGCUUACAGGACGUGUUAAAGGUGAUAAAACAGGAGCUCCGGGGGAGUUUCCGACUAUAUUGGUGUUCAAUUUAUGCUUGCCUCGUCUUUUUCUUCUUAAGCUGCUGUUUUGCAGUUGGAUGACAAAUGAAUUUUUAAGAGCAACUCUAAAACUCAUUCAGCACAGAGCUUUGGGAACAGGAGGAAUAUUUGGACCCUGGAGCUGGUGAUUAUUUUGGCCAUAGAUGUGCAAAGAUCCUUUUUCCAUGAAUGUGAAACUGCAUCCAUAUUAAUCCUAAUAAUGUAUUUGUUGAUUUGUAUUGCUUUUGUUUUUCCAUGUGUAACUGACUGAACUGUAAAGAGUAUUAUGCUAGAUUAUGUAUAGGGGAAGGGUUGUUAUUUUAAACUUUCAUUUAAAAUUGAAUUCAGAAGCUGUGAUAAAGUGCACAAAUAUAUAGAUUAGGCAACUUUCAAAUAAUCAGCAGCAAGCAGGUUGAAGGUGUGAAAAUAAUGUAGUUUUCACAGUGAAUUAAUUGAGCUGUUAAGUUGAUUUUCAAUGCCAAUCAGAGUCUUGAUGUUUCAGAAAAGCCUUGCCGUUCUUUCUGGAGCAUUGUCCAAUCAUUUCACUUUACUGGAGAAGAUUCUCUCAGCUUUGAAGAGCACAGCGGGUUCCUCAUUCAUGGCUGCAUUUCAAAUUUUGCCUGAGGGCAAGGAUAAGGAUGAAGAAUUUAGUUUGCCAAUUAUGUUUUUUGUUUUUUCGUUUUGUACGCGUGUGUUUGUGUCUCUGAGAAAUGAAAGUCAGUUUAGUUCCUUUCAGUAAACUUGUCAUUCACUUUGUCAUUUUUGUGUGUAAACCAGAUGUAAGUUAGAUAUGCUAAACCCUUCUAUUUGGGAUGUUUUUGAAUAAACCAUUUUACUAUGAUGUA